UAGGUAGAGGGGAGGAAGGAGGGAGUCGGGGAGCGGGGCCAGGGGAGCAGCGGCGUUGAAAUCGGCUGGGGGAGCCGGAGGGAGCCGAGCGGGAGCCGAGCGGAACCUGCGGGGGCGGAGGCGGCGGCCGCAGCGGCAGAGCUGGGAGCAGGAACAGGAUCAAGUCCUCCAUACCAGGGACCAGGUCAGAACCAGACUGCCACUGCCGCCACUUGGGCCCUACUGUCUUCAGAAAGCAGCUGCUGUGAUCAUGGGUAAUAUCUUUGGAAACCUUCUCAAGAGCCUGAUUGGGAAGAAGGAGAUGCGCAUCCUGAUGGUGGGCCUGGAUGCUGCAGGAAAGACCACAAUCCUGUAUAAGCUGAAACUGGGGGAGAUCGUCACAACCAUCCCCACCAUUGGGUUCAAUGUGGAAACAGUGGAGUACAAGAACAUCAGCUUCACAGUUUGGGAUGUGGGUGGCCAGGACAAGAUUCGGCCUCUCUGGAGACACUACUUCCAGAACACCCAAGGGUUGAUAUUUGUGGUCGACAGCAAUGAUCGAGAGCGAGUAAAUGAGGCCCGGGAGGAGCUGAUGAGGAUGCUGGCAGAAGAUGAGCUUCGGGAUGCUGUGCUCCUUGUCUUUGCAAACAAACAGGAUUUGCCUAAUGCUAUGAAUGCUGCUGAGAUCACAGACAAGUUGGGCCUGCAUUCCCUGCGUCAUCGCAACUGGUAUAUUCAGGCCACCUGUGCCACCAGUGGGGACGGGCUGUACGAAGGCCUGGACUGGCUGGCCAAUCAGCUCAAAAACAAGAAGUGAGAGCCAGGCAGCUCUAUCUGACCACCCCCACCACUCCUAAUAUACCUACUGUCUCCCUGCCCAGCCCUACCCCUUCCUUCCCAUUGCCAGUGUGGCCAGGGCCCUGGGUAUCAUGUCCGCAUGCCCAAUAAGAGCCUUAUCUCUCCUGCCUCCCUUUCUUUCCCCUGUCCAUGACCAGUCCCCAAUUGCUGUCCUUAUGAUGAAUCAUUCCAAUUUAUCAGAUUUAAAACAAAAACAAGGUUGUUAUGGUUUCAUGGGGUGCCUCCCCCGUCCUCUGAGGUUUGGGAAGUGGGGUGGGGUAGUCUCUCUGUUUGCUUCGUUUGGCUCUGGUUGCUGUGCUCUUGGCAUCUGAGUCCCUUCCCUCUUCCUACAGACCCCUCUCCUACCAUUUUUUUCCCUUCACUACCCUCUCCCUGUUCUACGUGGAAAUUGCACGGGCCUCUCUUUAUGUGCGUGCAUGUGUGCGCGUGUAUAUACAUAUAUAAAGAGAUACAUAUGUAGGGGCCAGGAAGAAGGGUAGAGCGGGUGGAGGACAGCUCAGGGCUUGCAGCCCACUCUAGCCCAUCACCUGCCCCUCCCAUGUUGGUGAGAUAAAGGAAAUAAGGUCAAGGGAAGGCUGCCCCAGUCUUACACUGAUUCCUCUCUUCUCUGCAGGUAGGUUUUCCUGGAUGAUAGGACAGAUGAUGGAUUUUCCACCACCAUCUUCCUAUUACCCCUUUCUUCACCCUGCUUAGGGCAGAAGGUGGCAUUUAUAUCUAGAUGACUGUUCCCAAGGAGAUGCCAUUCUGCUCUGCCUUGUUAGUGGGAAGGAGAGAGGAACCCACUCACUCUUAUCACUCAGAGUGUUCAACUGAUCCUCCCCCUCGUCCUUAGAUCUGUUCCUCUCGAGCUUGAAGAGGGGGAGGGGGUGGAGAUACAAAACCAUGUUGUUUGUUUGAGACCCAGGGGACCUGGGGAGGGUCUCAGGUUUUCCAUCUUCAUCCUGUUUUUAUGAGAAGGUGAGAUGUAUGGUUUGGUCCUAUCCCUGCCUUCCCCUCCUCCUUGCCCCCCUUCCCCAAUUUUGAGACUGGGUGGUUCACCUGUCCUUUGUCAGAAGUUUCCUCACUCUAGUGGUCCCAGGCUAGCUGGCUGGUUGAUUGGGGAGUGGGGGUGGCAGAGCAGACCUCAAUAUCGGUCCCUGAUGUCCAGGUUUUUUUUUCUAGUCCAAGAUGUGCGGAGGGAUGGAAAUUUUCUAUUCUGUUUCCAGACCCUCAGACCAUCCUGCUGUCCCUACCACCCCCACCCCAACAGGUUUCCCCUGCCCUCUUCACUCCCAUCAACAGAUCUGUGGGUUGGAGUGGAGGAACGAGAACUCUGAAGUGGUUGUUGGUGCUGGUGUAAGGCAGUGGUCUUCAGGGUCCCGUGUCCCCCCCCCCCCCCCCCCAUUACUAUGUAGGUGUUCAGAAGCUGCUGCUACUGUGUCUCCCUUUCUGCAGGGGGCGCUCGUCCCUGAGGUCCUGACUUGCAGUGUAUGUGAAGCCUUGGCUUUUCUGUGGGCUCCUGUGUGUGCUGGCUGCGCCCUGAGCUCCAAGAUGGCCCCCCAUACCUUUCUGCUCAGCUCAGGGCCCAGGGCACCACCCACAGCAUGACUGAGGGACCCCUUCCCAGAAGGGCUGUCCCAAGCCCCACCCCAUGGGGCCAGGCUUCCUGCCACCUUUGUCUACAACAGGCAGAUUAAUACCCUUAUCCCCAACCCAGAUUGAACUGUGAAAGAGGUUCCAGAGGUGUCCUUCUCAGUGCCAGUUCCUUAGUGAUGUUUUAUUUACCCAAGAUGCAGUAGGUGUGUGCAGAUCUCUUGCUCUCUAGGCCUUUGUGUGUGUAUAUGUGUGUGUUUGGUGGUGGGGGAAGUGGGGUGCUGGAGCUUCUAUUUCAUUUUAACAUAUUCAUUCCCCUGACCCCACAGAUGCUUCCCUCCACACUUUUCCCGGCCCCCCCGAUUUUUUUUUUUUUUUUUGCUCCUGCUGCCUCUCUCCUUGAACUCUUUCCUUUGCCUCCCAGUUCAUUCAGUGCUGCUGCCUGUUUCCCCUCUCCUUGUUUCUUUCCUACUUAGGCUUCCCUCCUCUCUCUCUUUGUGCUUGGUGAGGACUUUGCCUCUUUUCCCGCCUAACUCCUUCUCUGGCCUUCCUUAGUUAGAUACUAGUCCCAAAUAGGUUAGAUACUAGUCCCAAAUAGGUUUUCCUCAUUUCAGGCCCACCCCCCCCUCAUUUUGGGGAGUUCCAUGGACCAAUGGGGUUAAGGGUGUUAGGAAGCAGCCUUGGUGGUUGCCUUGGUGCUGCUUGAGAUUUGUCCAGCAGGGGGCAGUAAGUGAUCGUGGUAGUAUCCCUGACUGCUAGGCCCUUGGCAGGGUGGACCUUUCUACAUUCCCAUUCACCUAAAAGGUCUUUUGGGGUUGGGUAUUUCAUUCCAUUUCUGCCCACUCCCUCCCUGCCUCUCCUCUGGUAGAUUUCAUUUUAUGCUUUUCUUUGUUCUGGCCUUUCUUCUCCCCUGGGGUUUCCCCAUUUCUCCCCCAAGUUUGUUUGUGGUAUUAUAGUGGUAACUGCAGUUCUGAACUGGUUUUCUCUUCUUUUCUCCUCCUCUGGAAUGUAGACUAUAUGUGUUUAAUAACUCACCUUCUCUCUCCUUGCUCAAAAUGUGGGAUACGAAAUGACUGUGACCAUGGUUGGAAAUUAAACAUGUUUUAUGCAGCA